GGGCCCCGGGGCGGGGGGCGCGCCGGGAUGGGCCCCAAGCGGCGGCAGCUGACGUUCCGGGAGAAGUCGCGGAUCAUCCAGGAGGUGGAGGAGAACCCGGACCUGCGCAAGGGCGAGAUCGCGCGGCGCUUCAACAUCCCGCCGUCCACGCUGAGCACCAUCCUGAAGAACAAGCGCGCCAUCCUGGCGUCGGAGCGCAAGUACGGUGUAGCCUCCACCUGCCGCAAGACCAACAAGCUGUCUCCUUACGACAAGCUCGAGGGGCUGCUCAUCGCCUGGUUCCAGCAGAUCCGCGCCGCUGGCCUGCCGGUCAAGGGCAUCAUCCUCAAGGAGAAGGCUCUGCGUAUAGCUGAGGAGCUGGGCAUGGACGAUUUCACUGCCUCCAACGGCUGGCUGGACCGCUUCCGCCGGCGCCACGGUGUGGUGUCCUGCAGCGGCGUGGCCCGCGCCCGGUCGCGCAGCGCUGCCCCCCGGCCCCCAGCGGCGCCCGCCAGCCCGCCCACGGUGCCCUCGGAGGGCAGCGGUGGGGGUACCACGGGCUGGCGCGCUCGGGAGGAGCAGCCGCCGUCGGUGGCCGAGGGCUACGCCUCCCAGGACGUGUUCAGUGCCACUGAGACCAGUCUGUGGUACGACUUCCUGCCCGACCAGGCCGCGGGGCUGUGUGGCGGUGACGGACGGGCACGCAAGGCCACCCAGCGCCUGAGUGUCCUGCUGUGCGCCAAUGCCGAUGGCAGUGAGAAGCUUCCCCCACUUGUAGCCGGCAAGUCCGCUAAGCCCCGUGCAGGCCAAGCCGGCCUGCCCUGCGACUACACCGCCAACUCGAAGGGUGGUGUCACCACCCAGGCCCUGGCCAAGUACUUGAAGGCCCUGGACACCCGCAUGGCUGCAGAAUCUCGGCGAGUCCUGCUGCUGGCUGGCCGCCUGGCAGCCCAGUCCCUGGAUACCUCGGGCCUGAGGCAUGUGCAGCUGGCCUUCUUCCCGCCAGGCACCGUGCAGCCGCUGGAGCGUGGAGUGGUCCAACAGGUGAAGGGCCACUACCGCCAGGCUAUGCUGCUCAAGGCCAUGGCAGCGCUAGAGGGCCAGGAUCGCUCAGGCCUGCAGCUAGGCCUCAUGGAGGCCCUGCACUUCGUUGCUGCAGCCUGGCAGGCUGUGGAACCUUCGGACAUAGCCACCUGCUUUCGUGAGGCUGGCUUUGGGGGUGGCCCUAAUGCUACCAUCACUACUGCCCUCAAGAGCGAGGAGGAGGAAGAGGAGGAGGAGGAGGAAGAGGAGGAGGAAGAGGAAGAGGAGGGUGAAGGGGAGGAGGAGGAGGAGGAGGAGGAAGAUGGCGAGGAAGAGGAGGAAGGGGGGGAAGGAGAGGAGCUGGGGGAAGAAGAGGUAGAAGAGGAGGGUGAUGUUGAUGACAGUGAUGAAGAGGAAGAGGAGGAGGAGGAGAGCUCCUCUGAGGGUUUGGAGGCUGAGGACUGGGCCCAGGGAGUAGUGGAGGCUGGUGGCAGCUUCGGGGGUUAUGGUGCCCAGGAGGAGGUCCAGUGCCCUACCCUCCACUUCCUGGAAGGUGAGGAGGACUCUGAGUCAGACAGUGAGGAAGAAGAGGAAGAUGAUGAGGAGGAGGACGAAGAUGACGAAGAUGAUGAUGAGGAUGGUGAUGAGGUGCCUGUACCCAGCUUUGGGGAGGCCAUGGCUUACUUUGCUAUGGUCAAGAGGUACCUCACCUCCUUCCCCAUUGAUGACCGUGUGCAAAGCCACAUCCUCCACUUGGAACACGACUUGGUCCACGUGACCAGGAAGAACCAUGCCAGGCAGGCAGGAGUUCGGGGUCUUGGACAUCAAAGCUGAGCCACUGGGCCUAGCCAUGCCCCCAACCCGGAUGUGGCAGCAGCAGCCCAGGGCAGAGGACUCUCUGGGCAGCUGUUGUGGAUGGAGCCAGAGUGGGGAGCCCCAGAUCCUUUAGUGAUGUUCUCCUGGUCUUGUGACAGGCCCAGUCACCUCGGUAGGGCCUGGGGCUGGUGUCAGCCUCACUGCCUGCUUAUUGCCUCUUUCUCAGAAUCCUCUUUCCUCCCUAUUUGCCCCUGGGCUUGGGGGA